GGACCGGGGGAGCAAAAGGUCGAGUUUUUUGUGCAACAUGGAUGAUGAGGAGGAGACCGUGUCGAUCACCGACAGGCGGCCCCAGUCCGGAUAUGAAAACGUUUACAGCGAGUGCGGCUGCUGCGAGAGAGUUGUCAUCAACGUGUCGGGUCUGAAGUUUGAAACUCAGCUCAAGACGCUCACUCAGUUCCCGGACACGCUCCUGGGAGAUCCGGACAAGAGGAUCAGGUACUUCGACCCGCUGAGGAACGAAUACUUCUUCGACCGGAACCGACCGAGUUUUGACGCCAUUCUUUACUACUACCAGUCAGGCGGGCGCUUAAAAAGACCAGUCAACGUCCCAUUUGACAUAUUUUCCGAGGAGGUCAAGUUUUAUGAACUCGGGGAGGAGGCGAUACUAAAGUUUCGGGAGGAUGAGGGCUUCGUCAAAGAGGAGGAGAAACCUCUGCCGGAGGAUGAGUUCAAGCGCCAGAUUUGGCUGCUCUUUGAGUAUCCGGAGAGCUCGAGCCCUGCCAGGGGGAUCGCGGUCGUGUCCGUCCUUGUUAUUGUCAUUUCUAUUGUGAUUUUCUGCCUGGAGACGCUGCCGGAGUUCAGGGAUGACAAAGAGUAUCUACAGCCACGAAACAACUCCUCUCAGCCCGAUCACGGAUUUACACCUUUUAACGACCCGUUUUUCGUCGUGGAAACGGUCUGCAUCAUCUGGUUCUCGUUUGAGAUUAUAGUUCGCUUCUUUGCCAGUCCGAGCAAAACUUACUUCUUUAAAAACAUUAUGAACUCCAUAGACAUUGUUUCCAUUUUGCCUUAUUUCAUUACUCUCGGCACGGACCUGGCGCAGCAUCAGGGCAACGGACAGCACGCGAUGAGUUUCGCCAUCCUGAGAAUAAUCCGCCUCGUCAGGGUGUUUCGCAUCUUCAAGCUGUCCAGGCACUCUAAGGGGCUGCAGAUCCUGGGUCACACCCUGCGCGCCAGCAUGAGGGAGCUGGCCCUCCUCAUUUUCUUCCUGGUCAUAGGUGUCAUCCUGUUCUCCAGCGCGGUGUACUUCGCUGAGGCGGAUGAACCCACCUCGCAGUUUACGAGCAUCCCGGACGCGUUCUGGUGGGCCGUAGUGACCAUGACCACAGUGGGUUACGGAGACAUGAAGCCCAUCACUGUGGGUGGGAAGAUAGUGGGCUCCCUCUGCGCGAUCGCGGGCGUGUUAACUAUUGCGCUCCCGGUGCCGGUCAUAGUGUCCAACUUCAACUACUUUUAUCACAGGGAGACCGAUAACGAGGACCAGCCGCCGGUGGUGGAGAGCAUGCCCCCGGGCUGCCCGUACUUCCCUGACUUUCUAAGAAAAUUCAAAGGCUCGCCCUCUGGCUCCUCGCUCGGCGACAAAGCGGAGUAUAUGGAAAUGGAGGAGGGGGUGACGGAGUCGCUUUGCGGGCUGGACAAGAGCCCCAGUAAAGGAAACGGCACAGACAUAAGCAGAAAAAACAGUACUAACUCAAAAUCCAUUCAGACUGACGUGUGAUUACAAUUAGAGUUUAUUAUUAUUAAUUAUUUUUCCUGAAGAAGAAGAACACGCCCUAUAAAGAUAAUUCUAAACAUCAUUUCUGCCCAACAGCAGGUGACCCCCUCCCGCUCACACUUCCCCAACACAAGUUUGAAACACGCCUCAGACACACACACACACACACUCACACUCACACACACACACACACGUUCAUGCCACUGAUUGGCAGGCUGUUAUGCUUCAUCUCUCUCUUUCCCCUGUUUUUAACCAUCGCGCACUUCUCUAACAGCAGCCUUUCCCCCAAACCAUCUUCACCACACACCAGUCUAUUUGUUCAUCUAAGCUGUGCGGGCUUCCAAAUCUGACAUCAAAUUGAAAUUCUAGUGAAGACAGGCUAUGCAUUCGCACUUUAUGAGUUUCAUCUGUCAAUAACAGAGAGGUAUAGGGAUCGUUUUUGCUGUUAUGCAAUAAAGUUCAAAAUCUGUUUGCACUAAUGUAGAUUUUUUUUUUUUUGCGCUGGGUUUUGGCAGAUUUGUAUUCAGAGACAGAAGCUGUAGGCCAUGAAAGUGGCGCGUAUUUAGUAAUCCUCUGACCACUUCGCUAAAGAAUGUUUGAACAACUUCCUCACAGAGAGCAGACUAAGGAUAUUAAUAAUCCCCUUUAUAUGCUGCCAGUAAAAGUAAAGAAAAAAGAAAAAAUUGGAAACGAAAAUACGGAUAAGUCUUUUGUAACUGUUCCAGUAUUUAACAUUAAAGAAAAGCUAACUGAUAAGACAGCAUUUAGUAAACCAGGGCUACAGUUAUUUCUAUGACACCUACACAACUAUGUUUUUCCACAACAGGCCAAAAGAAAAAAAAAAAAGCCUUGUAUUGCUGACCCACUGCGAGAGCUAAGCACAGGAAUUAUCAGUUUAUAAAAUGGCUGGAGAAAUGACUCGCCCCAGGUUUUGUAUGGACAUGCUUGUUGGAACCUCGGUGACAGCAGUUUUCCCCAGUUUCAUUUAAAGCACCUCAAAAUGACAAUAUCCCUUUACAAGGAGGCAGAUGGAAAGUUAAAGCAAAAAUGACUCAUCGUGGAAACUCAUUGGAGGGGAGCUUGCGAGCAAUUUUCUCUCCUGUCUGCUGGACUUCGUGCACAAUUCCUUUCCCCCCCACCCCGCCUCACCCCCCCAAGAGGACUGCGAUUAUCUGCGAGCUCGGAGGAUCGUCAUGAUGUGGAUGUCUUCCAAGCGCUGCCAGUUACAGGGAGAGGGAGUAUCCCCGCACCCCGCCCGCAUCUCUGGAAAUCACAGAGAACAAGCAAAACAUUGUGACCGGUCAUCUUGAGCACAAGCGGACACUGAAAAGCAACAACCAGAUGAGACUUGGCGUUUGGACAAUUGGAGGAGAGAGCUGCUGUGUGGUAUCAGUAAACAAACCCUCGAAGGCUGAGACUGGAGUUAGCGUAUGAGUAAGUCGCGGCCCAAAAUGAUUGCCUUAAUUACUACACAUAUAAAGAUGUAUGAAGUGAAGAUAACUAAGAAGACUUGUUCAAAAAAACAGAUGUUUUAUUUACAUGUGAAAAAAGUGUCUUGUAAGGAACAGAUGUGAAUAUUUUAAUAUGAUAGAGAUAAUGUUUGGUCGUAACGUCGACAUGUUUUAGUUGGGUCGGCUUCGUAGGUGUCAUAGGUUACUAAAUGGUGAGUUUGCUCUCUGCUUCUGUGCGGCCAGCAGUAUGACUUUUUUGAAAAAAAAAGAAAUCUCGUUUCAUAUUGUCAACCAAACAAGGCUGGCCUGAGUUGCUCGCUCAUCUGCUGGCAAAAAAAAUUAAAUAACGAUCUACGACACAUUGUGUCAUAACACAUGGAAAUCCUCGUUCGGAAAGUGUAUAGGGUUGGGAGAGAAAUACGAGAUGUAUAUUGACUGGCUCAAUGCAACACACUGAAAUACAUCAGAAGAUUAUCCUCUUACAUUAAGAUCCACUUACACUAAAGCAAAGAUGUCAGGCACAUAAACACCCAUCAUAAAUAUCAGCCACACUCACUUUCUAUCACAGCAGACGAAACUCGCCGGGCUCUCACUGCUCGAGAAUCAUUGACGUAAAGACAAAAUACCUUACGUUUUUUUUCUCCGAUGCAAAUUUAGAGCUGACCAGCUGCUUUGUUGAUAUGUUUUCACUUUGAAUUUACCUGUAUGCAAAAGUAACAUGGACGUGUGUUCUAUAUUUUUUUAAACCUAGCCUUGAUAAUUACAUUAACCAAAGGUGAAACCCUGAAUUUACUGUAUGUUGUGGACUUCUGGAAAAUGUUGUGACAUAGAUGCACACUGAAUAGGAAAAAAAAAUGUAAAUACCAGACGUUUCUACUUGUGUGUCCUAAGAUGUGUUUCGCAGAUAGAGUAAUUUGAGACUUUUCACUUUCUUUGACUGUUAUGACCAUCCACCAUAAUCCUCUGUGUUCAGUUUGUCUGUUUCACGUUCUUCAUAUUGUUGCGAAUGCUGCUCCAACAUUCUUCAGUGUACUUUUUUAUUUCAUUUCUUCCCUUUUCUUCUUUUGUCUUUUUAACAAAACUCCCACCUAUUUAUUUGGCAUGUUGAGACAUGAGGUUACUGAUGUCAUUUGUGCAACUUUGUGAGAGGGGCGCUGGCAUUUGUUACCGCUCUUAGAUCUGCAAAGUUGCCUGUGAAUACAAUGAUUAGAAAUGUCCACUGACAUGCCAGUAGUAGUAACUCAUAUCACAUACAUACAUAUAUAAAUAUAUUUUAAUUGUUUUCCUUUAAAAAGCACCCUUUACAUACUCUAUUUGCUUUAAUUGGCACAUGGAAGCUUGUGUCCUUCAUCUUAUCUUCCAAGUUCUCAUGUGUGCUCUUUUUCUGAAAAUUCAUAUCUGUAAUUAUUACCUCAAUAUAGUGACCCUUACGAAAGAUGUUUACUGAAUGUUCCAAAUAUUUCCUUGGUGUCAAAUUCUUUUCUUCUUCUUUUUUUUUUUUUAAUCACCCUAUAGCCACAAUAUUUUAAAAACAGAUGUCAGUGGUUUAUUUGGGGUACAAUUUAUAGAAAAGAUGUGUUUUCUUCGUCAGUUUACUUUAUCAUUGUGAGGAGGGAUACCGGCAGUUUAACCAAGAACACCAGUGCACAGUAGCAGAGGUUAGGGACUGUCACUUUAAAAAGUUGCAUAACAAUAAAUGUGUGAAAGACAGGAGGGGAAAAAGGUGAUCGAAAAGGAGCAAUCACGCAUCCGAUCGUAGCUAGGGAUGCACACACACACACACAUAUAUAUGUGAUGCAGCAUGUGACAGCAAACUGGUUUCGUUUAUCUAUCUUUUAUGAUGAGAUUGUAAUUUGGAGAUGUCAGACUGUGCGCCUGUCCGUUGGAGUUAUUGCAAUUUAGUAAAAAUGAAAAUUAAUAGUCACUUGUAGCACCUUCGUUAACUUGUGAUAAAAUCUGUGCUAGCAUCAUGCGAAACCAUUGAUCACUGUAGGCUAGCGAUGUAAAAGUCACACCCUUGGGCGUUGUGUCUGCGCUGAGCAGGGGGUUUCGCGUCAUGGCUAAAACGUUGGCUGGACGAGGUGUUUAUUUGCAGUUUAUGCGUCAGAAACUGUUAAACUGUAUUUUUUGGGCAUAGUUUUAAGAAGCAUUUGCAAGCAGUGACGCUAAAAUAAAUAUUUGAAAUAUUCGAGAAGUCCAGUUGUUCUUGAGUGCGUUGUUGCUGGGAUUCCUGGUCUGUAUCUUCGACCGGAUUUUUGCAUGCUGCAUCACAUAUACGUCCAAUAUUAGUGUGUGCUGAUUGUUAUUGCCGACUGACAUUGACAGAAACAUGAUUUUCUGUGACGUAAAUUGAUUAUGUUUUGCUGGAUAAAUGUUCAGCAGUAGUGUCAUGAAAGGCGGAAAUGCUUUAAAACAAUAUUCUUCUUGACUUUUGCACAGCAGAGGAAUAAAUGACAAAAAUCAUAUCAGCACCUCCUAUCAUCUAUCAGCUAAAGUUGUUUUAAACACUGCUGCUAGCCCAGAUUUUACAGUCGGUGCAUUUUUUCUUUUAGCUACAAUUUACAUGUCACGUUAACGUAAAACCGAAAAAAUGUUUACAGAUAUAGAAAUUAUUAAGGGAAACUGAAAGAAUGAAAUUAAAAUAUUUAUGAAACAAUAUAACAAAUUAUCUGGCUAUUUAGCACACAGACACAAAGCUUUUAUCAAAUUUUUAGUUGAUAAUUAAAACAACAGUUCAUUAUGUGCAGAGUUUAAGCUAAAACCAGCUCUAGGUACUUAUCAACUGUACAGACAGUCUGUCUUUCCCCAGCAAGGAGGAAAAGCUUAUUACCCAAAAAUGUUGAGCUAUUUCUUUCACAGGUAGAUUAAAUCAAAAAUGUGACUGAUGUCCAAAAAUAUAUUUUCAGAAGUGAUUUCAUUACACUGAUCUUGUCAGAUUAUGUGCCUGAAGCACAAGAUGUUCCAAACCCAGAGAGGCCCAGGGACCGUCAGGAGGGGCCAGCACAAGCAUAUGAAGCUGAACAUUAGCUCACAGGGUGUUUAGAUAUCUGAGACGCAGCUAUCCCAGAUACUAUCGCACCAACUGCCAGUGAUGACCGGAAGCUGUAUGACACUGAUAUAUUUAUGAGGGACAAAUUAAUUAGCUACAGCUUGGUGUUACCACAAAAGCCAAAGAGUAAUAUUCCCACAGGUUAGUAGACAGAAAAAGAACAUGAUCAGCCUGCCAAUUGGUCCUGCAGGCCACCGCAUUCAAUCAAGCAGAGCAAAUAAGCACCAAAGGAGGCUGGAGGAAAUCUGGGCACUAUGUAACCCAUUUCCUCAAUCUAUGAAUUCAAAUAAUUUAUUUGGUUAGACUUGACAAUUGUGUCAAGCUGCACUGAUGCACAGCACUGAGUUAUAUCUGCUCUAAAAUAAAUACUCAGAAGAAAAAUGUCACAUACAAAGACAGAAGAUUACUAAGGUGGAAUUUCAGCCUUUGAAGCAGAAAAUCAUGGACAUGUACACUAAACAGAAAAGUCCUCAGAUUAUCCAGCGCCAUCAUCCAGGUCCUGUCGUGAGCAAACAGCAGCAUCACUUCUUUAAACUUUGCACUGCUAGGCAUUCCUAAGGACGCUAAAGUGACCUGCGGUAAUAACUGCAGUGAUAAUUUGUUGUGAUUCAGCGCAGCAAAUGAGCAGAUUUUACAAAGCUGCUGGGGAGGUUACCAACAGUCUGUGUGGGGACAUUAGAUAACACACAGGACGAGGUGAGAGGAGAACAUUUUAAUUACAAUCGCCUCCGAGCUAGAAAACUCACUAGGGCUACAUGUAAAACAUUUCUGAAUGCAAGAGAGAGUAGCUCACACAACUGCUGACCAGAGUCGCUCAGAUCAGUUUUGAACUCAACACAUCAACUUGAAACAAAAUAACUAGAGUCAAACAAAAGAAAAGUCUCGUUGGGAAUGAGUUUUAGAUUAAUAACGCCUCUUACGUAAGCGCCCACAUUGUGAGAAAGUGCUUUUCUGUCGAGGCUCACGUAUUUCUGAGGCCUAAACACCUGCGAGACUCUUCCGUCUCUGUGCAACCGAGCAAGAUUACGUUUUAAGAUGAAUGCCUCCUUUAAUCAAUAACAAAGGAUUUACUCACUGAAAGAAAUCACCGAUUGGUUUCUAAAGCCAAGACAAACAAGACGGUUCAGAUUUUGCAGAGAAAAAAAUUUCUUAUGGUUUUUCAGCGUUGAUAUGAUUGAUCCAAAACCAUCGAAAUUACAUCCUCAUGUUCAGCGAGCCUUUGAAUUUAGUCCAGGUUUCAGUUUCUUUCUUACAUUUGGGCUCCACAAUGACAGAGCAUUUCACAGAGCAUCACAGUUAUCCCCCCCCCCCCAAAAAAAACAACCCCAAAACCAAGACCCUGCUCAGUGAAACAAAAAUGUCAGUUUUACCUUUAAGAUUGAAUUUACUCUUCAUACACUGAAUUAGGUUCGAAUUUAAAACCCUCUUUUUGUCUCCAAAUAUCUUUAAAGGACAAACCGACUGAGCCUGAUAUCUUCACAUUGCACCCGGAAAGCACUGCAGAUGCUUCCACGCGGCUCAGUUUGGAUAUUACGUCCCGCCGACACAUACUGUACAUAAAUAAAAGCGCUGCAUUAUUAUGAGGAUAAAAGCCCGAGUGUUUACUGUAAUAUCCACAGCGUUAGAUAACGGCAGAAACUCGUUUUAUGUCUUAAUCUCCUUAUAAACAAGGUGCCCUGCGAGGAGCGCUGCAGAACUGUUGAGCGGUGACGCGGUUUGCUUUUGCUGUGAAGUGUUUUCGUGCUGAAAAUUCAAUGAACGCAGUGUUUACCUGUCCGCAUCCAUAUAUUUAGAAACCGGUCUGAGAUAUGAGACAAAUAAAACAGAAAAAACUUUGCAUAAUUUGUUUGUGUCUGUUGGAAAUACAGCUAAUGUAAGCACAAAGGUCAGAUUACUGGGUUUACAGCAAGGAUGAUCACAUGACCACAAGUAUUAAAUACUAAUUGGAAGCACUUUUAGUAGUUAAUACAGAAGCAACUAUAACUACACUUAUGGUCAUACAUGUAACUCUACCACAAACCAGUGAUAUCCUCGCUGGAUUUCUCAAGACAGAGAUUACAGGGCUCAACCGUCUUUCAUCAAAGCACGAGACAUAUGACUUUUUUUAUUAAGUGUGGCCUUAUCUCUUCGGUUGUUGAUGGAAUACAGGUUCUAGCUUCUCAAAAUUCAGGCCGUGAUGCUUUUAUCAUAUCCCAAAAUGUCUGACUGAGGAUCUGAGUUCUUCUGGAUUCUGAGGGAAAUUGCACCAGUUAGCAAAUUGGCGGUAAUAAAAUGGCAGGACGAAUGAAUAAAUAGUUGCAGCCCUAAUGGCAAGCAAGAGAAUUUUUUUUGGAACAUUGUGUAAUUUCCCCCCUCGCUCUGUGAUAAAUGCUCUGUGUGUUGUGUCUCAGUAAAACGCAUUAGAACGCGUGAAAUUAGACAAAACACAAGCAAACAAACUAAACGUUUCCACCAAUUCCGCAACACGUUUGCAACAUUUAGACAAAACCAAAAAUGGGAAAAUUGCCGUCAUCAACAGGUUCGGCAGUAAAUGUGCUGCAAAUGCAGAAAACACACUCUGAUGCAAAGCGUCCGCUUCUUUAUUCGGCCGUUGUCUAUAUUCCCAGCACGUUCUGUCCGGUUGCACGUGCGCACUGAAUGCGGUGAGGAUGAUUGCUUCAUUUAAUUGUGUUUCAUCUAUUUGCAUGUUUUGGUUGAUUACGGAGCGUUAGCUUCUCUGGGCCUGCCGUAAUCCUCGCAUCCAAAGUAUGAUUUAAAAGCCCACAGACGGUCAUAAAGAUGAAACGUGCUGUUUUUCGGGACACGCCGAGCACAGAAAGAUAAUUAGUAUGUGUCCUUUUACCUACAGUAUGCAGAUCAAUUACUGUAGCCAAUAAUUUUGUCAUGAACAGACUGCAUGUGGGGCACUGCACAAUUUCCCCCCCAAAACAAACCUCACAAUUUACAGGCCAAGAAACAGUGAGCAUGUGUGAAUAUCACUUUCAAGCAAACGGGCAUUCUUUAUGCACAACAUUUCUAAUUUAUCACUUUGCAUUUAGGUCAGAAACUCUUAAUCUGUGAAACAGACAUGACAGUUGUUUCUGAUUAUUACUCCAGGAGAGAAUUUGACAGGACAGAGACAGGGUUCAAAACCAGGAUAAUCAGGCGUCUAUGCAAACUGGUGCAGAUUGGUCAGCUACAAGUAACGGCGGUCACAAUCCAGCAUAUCUACUAUUAGUCUCGAUGAUUCUCACGAUCGCCUCACUCGCAGAGAAAAUGCUGUCUCCGUGCAGCCACGAGAGGUGUUUCUACAUGCUUGCUGCUCUGCUGCUGCAGUGUGAUGAUGACAAUGAUGGCGAUUCUGUUUUUUGUUUAGGGGGUUGAGUUUACAAAAGUGUUUCACUAUAACUUCUUCAAGUAUCUGUACGCUUAAUAUUCAAACCGUUCAUUUGCAAUCGCCGUGUCUCUCAUAAAAGACCUAAAAAAAAAAUGGAGGGAUAAUCAUCAUUGAUCAGUGCAGAGAAACUGGCAGUAGUUAUUCAUGAAUAUGUAAAAUAUUUCUACAGUUCAGGUGUUGAGAAAUAUCCAUGUGAGUUUUGGCCAGCCUUGCUUUUAUUCUGCAUGAUGCUUUGUUUUUGAGAAAUAUGCAUCCUAAUCCAAGGUAUGUUUGUAUUCCUUUCCCGAGGGUGCGCCUCUCCUUCUCCUUCACACACUCUCUCUCUCUCUGUAUCUUUGGAGCUUGUCACUUUCUGACCUUAAUUGUCCUGUUUUGUUUUCUUCUUUGUUUUAUUUAUGAUUAAUUGUUUUUAUUUGUUUAGGGUUUUUUUUUUUGGUAAGCCUUCCAACUUCUGGAUUUUCUACAUUCAUAACAUUUUGUAGACAGCAAUAUGAGAUGUGAUUGAAAUGGAAUAUGUGCAAUGUUGAUUAAAGAAAAAUAUAAUAUAUUCAAUAAAAAUCCAGAAAACAGAA